AUGGAUCCAUCCACCUCGAAUAUCCACACCCAGCCACUCCUCUCAUACUUGGUUACCCCGGGUAGCAACAGAAUCGGCUGUUUCGAUGCCGGCUACUCCACCGAACAAAUCUCCUGUAUUUGCGAUGCCCUAGCGAACGAAGUCGAUCGAUUGGCGUCUUUCGUCUGGUCCCUCCCAACACGCGAUGAAUACCGUCGUAACGAAUCGCUCCUCAAGGCACACGCCCUCAUCGCUUUUCAUCGGAUGAAUUAUAAAGAACUCUACCGCAUCAUCGAGCAGCACGUCUUUUCCCCUGAAAACCACCAACAAUUGCAAGAACUGUGGUUGAGGGCGCAUUAUAACGAGGCAGAAAAGCUGAGGGGUCGUGAAUUAGGGGCGGUCGGGAAAUAUCGUAUUCGAAGAAAAUUUCCGCUUCCACGAACAAUAUGGGAUGGCGAGGAGACGAGUUAUUGUUUUAGGGAGAAGUCUCGACAUGUCCUUCGAGACUGGUACACCAGGAAUCCGUAUCCAACACCCAAGGAGAAGAAGGAACUCGCCGAAGUUACCCACCUUACCGUGACCCAAGUGAGCAACUGGUUCAAAAAUCGCCGCCAAAGAGAUCGGGCUGCCGAUGCAAAAGAUCGAGAUCCAAGCGCCCCAAAAGACGAGUCCGACUUCUCGAGCACCGAAGAAGACGGGCCAUCAACCAGAAGACCACCCACGACUUCAGCCUCAAAACCCAUCGCCCCGGCCCUGUAUCCUGCAGGCUACUCGGCGCUACUGUACCCGGGUAUACUG